GUAGCAACAACAACGGCAACAACAACAACAAUAACAAUAAUGGUCAUAGCAACAAUAACAAUAAUAAUGACAAUAAAUCUUCACCUCCAUCAAAAUCCUCAAAUUCAAAUGGAGGUUCGCCGCCUCCUCCACCCCCACCACCUCCUCCACCACCACCACCACCAUCUCCCUUUUCUCCCAACUCUGGAGCUCUUUCCCCUCCGAAGCAUAAGUCGCCACCGAGCAAGUCGGACGUAGAUCAUAAUGGCAAAUCUAACGAUAACGGGACAGCCAUCAUUGUAGGAGUUGCUGCAGGAGCAGGACUAUUACUUCUUGUCAUGCUAGUCUUCCUCAUAUCUUGUUGCAAACGCAAAAGGAGAAGGCCACGCGACCAAAUGGGCUACUACAGGGACAAUUCUCAUGGAGGCAAGAGUACUGACUACUAUAAUAGUGGACAGUAUGGGAAUUGGCACAACAACAAAGUUCAAUCUACUGAACAUAUGGUAAAGAUGCCUACUCCUCAACCUGUCAGUACUAAUGUAAGUUCAGAACUCAGUUGGCCAAUAGCACCUCCACCACCACCUCCAAUGAUGAGCAGCAGUGAAAUGAGUUCUGCUGCUUUCUCUGGUCCACAUCAACCUCCAUUGCCACCUCCACAUCCAUCAAUGGCUCUUGGUUUUAACCAAAGCAGUUUCACGUAUGACGAUUUGUCAGCAGCAACUGGAGGAUUUGCUAAGGCCAAUCUUUUGGGACAAGGUGGUUUUGGAUUUGUACAUAAAGGGGUGUUGCCUAAUGGUAAGGAGAUAGCAGUUAAAAGUCUGAAAGCAAAUAGUGGGCAAGGUGAACGAGAAUUUCAAGCUGAGGUUGAGAUCAUUAGUCGUGUCCAUCAUCGCCAUCUUGUAUCUUUAGUUGGAUAUUGCAUUGCUGGAUCUCAAAGGUUGUUGGUGUAUGAGUUUGUUCCUAAUGGCACUCUUGAAUAUCACCUUCAUGGACCUGGUCGCCCAGUUAUGGACUUCCCUACGAGGCUUAAAAUUGCACUUGGAUCUGCCAAAGGUUUUGCCUACCUUCAUGAAGAUUGCCACCCUCGCAUCAUUCAUAGAGACAUUAAAGCUGCGAAUAUCCUACUGGACCAUAACUGUGAAGCUAAGGUGGCUGAUUUUGGUUUAGCUAAGCUUUCCUCAGACACUAAUACACAUGUGUCAACGCGUAUCAUGGGUACCUUUGGGUAUUUGGCACCAGAAUACGCUUCAAGUGGCAAGCUAACUGAAAAGUCUGACGUUUAUUCUUAUGGUGUUAUGCUUUUGGAACUUAUAACUGGGCGUCGUCCUAUCGACAUCAACAGUGAUGAUGAUACCUUAGUUGAUUGGGCUAGGCCAAUUCUCGUUCGUGCAACAGAGGGUGGAAACUAUGAUGAAUUGAUAGAUCCACGUUUGGAGGGAAAUUUUGAUGCCCAAGAGAUGCUAUGUAUGGUGGCUUGUGCUGCUGCAUCCAUCAGACAUUCUGCAAGAAGACGUCCAAAAAUGAGUCAGGUUGUACGUGCUUUGGAAGGUGAUGUUUCUCUGGAUGAUUUGAACGAGGGAAUGAAAAAGAGUCAUAGCGCAAUGUUUGGUUCUGGUGAAAGUUCCGAAUACGACGGAGGUUCAUAUGACCUUAAAAAGUUCAGGAAAUCUGGAAUGUCGAGCCAAGAAUUCACAAGCAGUGAACAUGGUACUACUGGUGAAUUUGUCCAUUCCGGUGGUGAAUCCCAAGAACUUCGGCAGAAAAAACUCAGUCCUUGAGCAAAAGAUUCGUCUUUGAGGAAAAUAGGAUGAUCACUUCAACUUUCGAUGGAGCUAUAAACAAUAACUCUUCUACGUACAAUAAUUUUUUAUAGACACAACUCACGUUUUAUGGACUUAAGAGGAUGCUUUGGGCAUUGAAAAAUGGUAUAAUGGUGGAAUAAUAACGUAUUUCCACAUCCAUUGUGAAGCUUUAGAGAUUAGACUGAGGGUGGUAAAGAGUAAAACGUCUCCCGAUCAUUAUGUGGCUGGGUUUAUUUAUCAGUCGAGUCAUUUUGUUUUGUUAGAGUUGAGGAGUUGGGAUGAUAAUUGUGUAUUACUUUCAAUGUAUUCCUCCGAUGUAUGUACUUAUUUAUUAAUAUUUUGUUUAUGUAUACUUCUCCGUAUAAGCA